AUGGCUACUAGCAGUACUCCACAAUCAAGUCCUUCCAGCUCCACAGGAUCGUCACCACCACCAACUCCGGAAAAUCCUUGUUAUCCUUAUCCCGUAGCUAUGUAUUAUAAUCCAUGGAACGCCUACCAAGUCGAUCCAUACUAUGCUUCCAACCCAUCUAGCAUGACAAUGUGCGGUAUACCCAUGCAUUAUCCCAUGCUUCCACAUAUGAUGCCACCUUCAAUAACUGGUGGAGUGACAUCACAACCAAAAAUCGCGUACCCAACUACAGAAUCGAAGACGACAUUAGUUAAUACUAAGUUAUCUCCCAUCAAAGAAGAUUCCAAUUUAAAUUCAAAAUCUUUAAACAAUAGCCCAGAAUCUAGAGGUAACAGAACCAACUAUUCCAGAAAACAGAUUGAAGUGUUAGAGCGUAUGUUUAGCUUUAAGGCGUAUCCCGAUCCAGAAAACUUCGAGAGAUUAGAAAAAGAGCUGGGCAUCGCCAUGAAAUCCAUUAAGGUCUGGUUUCAAAAUAAGAGAGCCAGAAGCAGAAAAAGAGUUGGGGGUCAGACAGUUUUUGCCACAAAGAUUCUUCAAUCAUCCUUACCGUCACCAAUUACACGUUCACCAACAGCUGACCUACUAUCUAAGCCAUCGUCACCACCAACAUCAGUGCAUUCAAUUAAGUCAGAGUCGGGAUCUAUUAAUCAACCCACGAAAUCCAUAUCACCAAAUAGCUCACAACCAUCACCGGCUAUGUUACUACCAACACCAGGACAACCACCUAUGAUGCCACCAAUGCCACAUUUUCCAGGUUACAUGCCAUAUCCUAUGUUUACUUACCCGUAUAUGUAUUCACAAUGUAGAUAA